GGCACCUGCGUCAUAAAUGCUUCCAUCUCCGUCAUGUUAAAUUUAGGGGUCAAGUUCAGCAAAGGCCGGCGCAAGCACGCAAAUGUCGAACCUAUCUUCUUCCAUGGUCCCACGAGAAGUCGUGAAUGACUAAAAUGCUGUUCAAUCUUGCUGGGGCCCACAAUAUAAACUUCUCGCGGUUAACAACCCACAGCUUGUUUGAGUUGCCCGACAAUCCAAGCCAAAGCCCAGAAGAUAUCUACAUUCUACACCCAUUUGCAAAAUCCGGUUUGGAUCAGACGUGGAUCAAAUGGAGACCGGGAAGAUGAUUCCGCCGGACCGAGUCACAAUCGAUGGAACCGUGACCAGUGUGACACUCACAGAAGGCGGCCAGCUACGGUGGUCCGGCCGCUGCCUGGAUGUGGGGAAGGAGGUCCUCGGGUUCUCGGUUGAAGGUUCACAAAUCAAAAUCAGGGCUGUGUUGGAAAGGGGAGCUGGAAUCUGCUGUGGCGGUCACACAUCAGCUCUUCUCAGAAGAACAUUUACUUUCGAGCCGUUUUCUGAGGAGUCUCUCAGGCUUUGGAGUCAUACUCUCCAAGAUUUUAUGGAUUCUCUGGGCCGACCAAGAAGACUAUUUAUAUUUGUCAAUCCAUAUGGAGGAAAGAAAUCUGCCUCUAAGAUAUUUCUUGAUGAGGUAAAACCAUUGCUUGAGGAUGCAAAUGUUGUAUAUGAAGUGCAAGAAACUAAAUAUCAGCUUCAUGCCAAAGAAGUUGUUCAUAACUUGGAUCUUUCAAUGUAUGAUGGAGUUGUUUGUGUUAGUGGAGAUGGAGUUUUGGUUGAGGUAGUUAAUGGACUGCUUGAAAGGGAGGACUGGAAGACUGCAAUAAAGAUGUCUCUUGGAGUUAUACCUGCAGGCACUGGAAAUGGUAUGGCAAAAUCUCUUCUUGAUUCAGUUGGAGAUUCUUGCACUGCUUCUAAUGCAACACUUUCUAUUAUUCGAGGCCAUAAAAGAGCGCUAGAUGUAGCUACCAUUUCACAGGGGCAGACAAAGUUUUUCAGUGUACUGAUGCUUGCUUGGGGACUUAUAGCUGAUAUUGAUAUCGAGUCUGAGAAGUACCGGUGGAUGGGCAGCACUCGAAUAGAUUUCUAUGCUCUUCAACGGGUAUUAUGUCUUAGAAGGUAUAAUGGUAGUAUAAGGUUUGUGCCUGCACCUGGCCAUGAAGGUCAAGGAGAGCCCACUGAACCUAUGGAACUUUAUUUGAGUGAUGGUGGCCCAAAAGGUGGCUAUUAUGGGCCCAAUUUUGAUUUGCAGAAUUCAAACUGGAGGAAGAUUGACGGGCCUUUCAUAUCAGUCUGGCUUCACAAUGUACCCUGGGGUGGUGAAAAUACUAUGGCUGCACCUGAUGCCAUGUUUUCCGAUGGAUAUUUGGACAUGGUGUUGAUUAAGGAUUGCCCGAAGUUAGCCUUGCUAUCAAUGCUGACUGAAUUAAACAACGGAGGCCAUGUCAAAUCCCCUCAUGUGUUGUACUUUAAGGUCAAGGAAUUUGUUUUGGAGCCGGGUCCAAGAGCAGAGGAUCCAUUCAAGGACGGGAUCAUUGAUGUCGACGGUGAGGUUCUUGCUAGAGGUAGAAGAACAUAUAAAUGUGAAGAGAAAACCUUAAUGACUUAUGACAAGCUUCAUAUUAGAAUGGAUCAAGGGUUGGCUACUAUUUUUUCUCCUAUUUAGUAUUUCUUGUUGUGGUUACUGGGCUAGCUUUUUUCAUUCUUUCACGAUUUAUUAUUUGUUUGCAAAUUUGUGAAACUCUUGUUUACAAAAGAUGGUAAAUGCGUACAAAUGAAUAUUACACCAAGUAAAAAAUUACUUCUUCCUCGAAUACAUCAUGAAUUAUCGACCCAUAAUGCU